AUGCGGAAGCUUGUGAUUGGUUGUUUGGGCCACGCGUCACGAAAGUUCCGCUCAUUCCGCUCUAGGGGUUUUAAUUUUUCCCCUGUAUCGGACCGUCCCGUUCACUCAUUCGUCUGCUCUACACCAGAGGAAUCUCACAGCAUUAUGGGGACGAUUCUGAGAGCGCUUACUUUACUGACUCUAUCAUGUCUUGCCGAGGCCAAACAGAAAGACUUUUACUCGUUUAAGGUGGUGAACAGCAGAGGGAGGUUAGUUUCUCUGGAGAAAUACAGAGGAUCGGUAUCACUGGUAGUGAAUGUGGCCAGCGAGUGCGGUUACACUGACGAGCAUUACAAAGACCUUCAGCAGCUGCAAAAAGACUUUGGUCCGUUUCAUUUUAAUGUUCUGGCCUUCCCCUGCAACCAGUUUGGCCAGCAGGAGCCCGGCAGCGAUAAGGAGAUCGACAGCUUUGUACGCCGGGUCUACGGGGUUUCCUUUCCCAUCUUCAGCAAGAUCGCUGUGGUUGGAAUAGGGGCCAAUAAUGCUUACAAAUACCUCGUGGAGGCAUCUAGGAAAGAGCCGACCUGGAAUUUCUGGAAGUACCUCAUCGACACUGAUGGCAAAGUUGUUGAUGCGUGGGGUCCUGACGUCUCCGUCAAAGAAAUUCGCCCACGGAUAGCGGAUAUGGUUCGGAAGCUGAUCAUUAAGAGGAAAGAAGAGCUUUAGUCCUUUGAAUCAUCUUCAGCUCUGAAAACUGUAGACACUAAGACCUCAGAAACAGAUCUCUUUGAAGAAACACAUGCUAUUUUAGGCGUGUGGGAUUACACCAGCGCAACCCACUUUUUAAAUGAUCCUAUAGUCUCUCAUCCGCUUCUUCCACUUCGUUGCAUAAGUUUGUUUUCUUACCACGUUUGUAAAGAGAAGCACUGAGAACUUGAGUAAUAAAAGACCACUUUUAUUAAUAUACACCAUAAUAAACACUUCAUGCUUAAUAACAUAGCACAUGCUAUGUUUAAUAGAGCUACACAAAGUAAUGAAACAUGAGCAAUGUGAACUGGUUCUGGAGUUGAAAUGUUUAUUUUUAUACUCCUGCUAUCAUUUUUGUUUCUGUGAUCUGUCUGAAAUCUGUUUUGACCCUCUUAUGUUUUAGUUUGGUGGCUCCAUUAAAAGGUUUUUUCCUACAUUUUUUGUUUGUUUGUUUAUUCACUGAAAACUU